AAACUUUCAACAGAAAAAGGGUUAAGAAUUUCAUUUUAGUUCUGAAAUAUCUGUUUUCUGUUUGAUCUCUAGAAUUGAUCCCUAAUACAUGGUCACCAAUGGGAGACAAGGAAUUAAUUAAAAUUGUUCCAGUCACAAGUGGACCAGAAUAUGAUGACAUCCAGGCAACUUUCCAUCGGAAUUUGCCUUUAUCUCGUAUAAUCAAAAUUGAGAGAAUUCAAAAUAAAACAUUAUACCAUGGAUACCAGACAUUGAAAAAAAAGUAUGAGGUAGAAAAUCCACAGAUGAGAAAUGAAGUUGAUGGCCUCUGGCAUGGUACUGCUGCAGGGUCUGUUGAUGGAAUAAAUAAAUCAGGAUUCAACUGUAGCUAUUGUGGUAAAAAUGCCACAGCAUUCGGUGAAGGUGUUUAUUUUGCCAGAGACAUCCAAUAUUCUGCAAAUGAUGUCUAUUCUACUCCUGACCAUCACGGAAUAAAGAAAAUAUACAAAUGCAGUGUUCUUGUGGGAAGAAUGAUGCAAGGACAACACGGAUUAAAAGUUUUACAGGAUUCUUACAAUUCUGCUGUUAAUAAUAUUCGAAGACCCAGUAUUUAUGUUAUUUUUCAUGACUCUCAUGCAUAUCCUAAUUACUUGAUUACAUUCUCUAAUCACUGAAUAUAACUGGAAUUCAUGAAACACAUAUAAUGUGAACAGGAAUAUAUUUAAGAAAAGAAAGACAAAGCAAAAAAAAAAAAGUAGGGGAGAGAAAAUAAAGGAAAUUCUCUAAUUCUAGGUGCAAUCCCAUGGUCUUUUCUAAGAAUAAAACUAUUCAAUAUAAUAUUUUUCUAUCAUUCACA